UAAAAGAAGAAUGAAGAAAGAAAAGCAAAUCAAACAUUGAGAUUAUUAUGGAUGAUAAUAUGUCAUAUGAUGAUACUACAAAAAUAGAUGAACGACAACACGAAAUUACAAUUAAAUCGAGGAGGGUUGAUCCACCAUCUCAUUAUGCAUUUCAAAUUGAUUCUUACUCGGUGCUUUCACAAAUUGAGAUGAAGAAAUGUGAAUCUGGAGACUUUGAAGUUGACGGCUACAAGUGGAAAUUAAUUUUAUAUCCAAAUGGAAACGAAGAAGUGGAAGAUCAUAUUUCUCUCUUCUUGGCUGUAUCAACUAAUGAUAAUAAUCUUCCUCUUGGUUGGGAACUGAGGGUAAUUUUCAGAUUCUUUAUAUUUGAUCAAAUCAGAGAUAACUAUUUAACAAUCCAAGAUGGGAAAAUGAGGAAGUAUUCUAAAAUGAAGAGUGAACAUGGAUUCACUCACUUGAUUUCUCAUAAUGUUUUCAAUAAAGCCUCCAGUGGCUUCCUUGUGAGUAAUUGUUGUACAUUUGGGGUUGAAGUUUCUAUACUUAAAGCCUCAAACAAGGGAGAGAGAUUAACCAUUUUAAAAGAGCCUCAACAAGACACUUAUUUUUGGACUCUAUACUCAUUUUCUGCUUUAAAGCAACCAUUUUAUAUCUCAGAACCCUUCAAUGUCAAAGGAAGAAAAUGGAGAAUGGAGGUGUACCCACAUGGUAAUUCCUUGGGAAAGACUUCACAUAUAUCUCUUUACUUGAAGUUGGAUAGUUCAGAGACCAUUCCUUUGGGGAAGAAAAUCUAUGCAAAAUUUAUCCUUGGUGUUUAUAACUUUUCAGCCAAAAAAUAUAUUGACAAAUCAUAUGAACAUUGGUAUAAAACCCCAGGUCAUGGCAAUGGUUUUGAUGAGUUCUUGUCCAGAAAAGAAAUUAGUACUCAUUCGCAAAAUGAUGCUUUCUAUCUCAAAGCUAGAAUUGUGGCCAUGUCAACUGUGGAAGAAUUUUGAUAAUUCAUGGGCAUCAUUUAUCUUGAAAGUUUACAAUGUCGUCUACGCUUAGACAUUAUUACUGCACAUGAUAUUGAAUUGUGUUUAAAGUAAUAUAAUGUUGGUAAAUAAAUAAUGGACUUGAGCUAGAUGUUAAUUAUUUCUCUCCCCCUCCUUAUCUUGUUUCCAUAUAUCUAUUCUUAAAUAAUGAAGAUGAAUUUUUCUUUUUGUAAUAAACAAAGGGAGAGACAAUGGUAAGAGUUUAGAAACACACUCCUGUUUGACUACAAGAACUCUAUGGUAUGCACCUCUCCAACAGAGUACAACAGUUGCAUGCCAUUAUCUCUCCAAUUGAUAUUAUUGACGACGUACAAAACUGUGUUUUAUUUCUCUUGGACGUAAUUAAAAGCAGACAAUGCCUAGUUUAGAAAUGACGAACUGCAGAAACUGUUGACAACAACGGCUGUCUUCUCCAAUGAGUAUUGUGUUACCUUCUGAUCUCCAGGGUCUUAAGAGAGGGGAUGAUGCAUAAAGUUGGGUGCGUGGGAAUGAGAGAGAGAGGAAGAAUGAAAUUAGGUUUCUAAUUUUUUCAGUUUUUUCUUAAUUUUAUUUGUACGUGUUUUUAUAUUUAUAUUUGUUUCAUUAUUCCAUGUCGUUAACGUAUUUGGUCCUUAUUAUUUGUUAAAAGUUACUAUUAGGUUCUCGUACUUUCAAAAGUAAUGAACAAUUUAGUUCUUAUA